AAGAGCUAUAAGCAAAUAUUUGUCUUUUAAAGAACUUGAUGUUUACGUUUUCUGUGGAGGAAGCAGGGGGAAGUAAAGUUCGUUUUUUUCAGACUGACAGUUCAUGUUUUGUCAAAUUUCUACAUAAAUUGUGCCCUAAAAUGUUCCGACGUAAGCCAACAAGGUUAGAGCUGAAAGUGGAAGACCUUCAAGAGUUUGACCAUAUUAAAAACUCAGCUGAUUCAAAGGAUUUGAUGGCUAAACAAAAUGAAGCAGAUACAUCUAAAGGGGUGAUUCUAAUGGACAAGCAAGCAAUGCUUCAUGCUAGGAUAGGUUAUAAACCUCAACCAAGAGAUGCAAAUUAAACUUCUCUAAGCUGUCUAAAAAUUUUCAGAUUCUGAACAAUGUCAUUAUACCGCACAUGUAUUUGGAAAAUUGCAACACUUAUAAAGAAAGGUUAUUGGAGUAUUUCCAGUGGCAGUCAAGAUGAUAAUCCAUUCUCUUUUUUACCACCUGAAAUCAUUAAUGAAAUAACUUCAACUGUUAUACAAAUUUCAACUCCCAAUGGUGUGAAAGUUACUGACUUGUACUGUCUUCUCACUAGUGGGCGUCUCGAGCGCCUUGUGCUCGAUGAUAUUCUGCUGAGUACCGAGGAGCUGAUUUCGAUAUUGAUGUCUCUCUCAGUUGCUUGUCAGAAUUUAAAGACAUUAACUUUCAGAAAUGUAAAUUGCACUGAUCCGUAUUCUGCUAAUGCUAAAGUUUUUAAACCCGGAAAUGCUCUUGAGUGCCUUUUGGGAAUUUCUCCUCAAAUAGAGUCUCUGGAAUCGUGCAUUCGGUUCAAUGUGGAAGUAAUUAACCGAUGUGAUAAAUUGAAGUUCUUGAACUUAAAUUUUGUUAGUGAAAAGCCAGUUUGCAGGUUUAUUUUAAAUUGUGGUUAUUAUGAACCGAAUCAUUCACUUAAGUCUCUAUCUGUUUUUGAAGAUUAUAGAAAUCCAGUUCCUUUUUGUGAUCUUGUUCCUGUGCUUAAGUACUGCAAAGAGUUAGUUUACAUAAAAGCCGACAUAUCCCGGCCUUUAGAGUUUUUGCAUAUCGAGGAGCUAUACGAUGGCAGUCUUACAACUCAGUAUAAGUUGCAGCGUUGUUACUUGGGAAAUCCAUAUUUCGAUAAUGGUGCUGUUAGCUCAGUUGCAAUGCAUAUUGCAACUUUAACAUGCCCAGAAAUGAAGGAAAUUGAUGUUUUAGCAAAUGAUAAUGAAGCAAUUUUUGCUUUAAGUGAUUUUAAAAACCUAAAUUCUUUAUUAGUUCAGUGGGAAGAACCAAAUGGAGGAAAUUUUCAACUCGGUGUCCAACUUUUACUUGAGAAGAUUGGUGUAAAUUUGAAAAAACUUCAUGUAAUAAAUUUCUAUUAUGUUGAUUGGGCAGUAAUUGCUAAAUAUUGCACCCAGCUUGAAAUUCUUAAAGUUGAGUUUUUUAACGAGAUACAAAGUUACGAGCGCCCUACUGUAUGUCUUCAGUAUCUCACAUCUCUGUACAUUGAAUUAUUGGAUCCUGAUUUUUAUUGCCACAAGGAGACUCUCAUAAUGCUCCUUUCAAGUUGCACUGAGUUGAAACAUUUGAGAAUUGAUGGUGCGAGAAAUCUCUGUGAUCAUACUUUAAAUAAAAUACUCGCAAAAAAUAACCUAUCUAAACUAGUAGAGGCUCUUCUAUUUGAAUGUAGCCUAACUGAAAAUGGAAUUAGAAAUUUAAUCUCCUCUUUAAGUUCCUUAGAAUUUUUUCAGUUUAGUUCCACCUUAAUUGAUUUUGAAGAUGCUGCAAACAUUGUGCAUGAAAUUAAUCCCCAUAUUUUAUUAAUGUCUGAGGAAUGAUUUGAACCUGCACCAUUUAUAUUUGGUACAGUCAAUAAAUAAUGGAAUAGAAGUUAUUCUUAUUCACACAGUUUAUUUAAUAAAUCUGAAAUGUAUUUCUCCACAGUUGUUUGAACAUUUAUAUUUUACUGUUAUACUAGUUGCAAAAAGUUUACCAAGAUAUUUUAAUUUAAUUACUUCCCUGUGAUUUGUUAAAGUUUACAAAUAGUAUUAUAAGAAUAGUAACACCAGCAGUGACUCUUUGAGAUCAGCUGUUCCAUUACACACAAUUUUCAGAAAUAGAAUAAUAUUUCAUACGAAAUAGAAUGAAAGGAUUAGACAGUUGCUUGGUUAUUAUUGCAGCUGCUACCAAGUGGGCAAAUUUUUUUAUCAUAUCUGUAACUACAUUUCAAGCUUGUCUCAAUUUUUCAUUUAACGGUCACUGCCUCCUUAUUUAAUACUGUACCUAAUAUUUCACACUUAGAAUAUUUGAUUUUUAAAAGGGUUGUUAGUUUUCCCUAUUUAUAGUAUUUCAUGUUUAUAAUAUGUCACUUUAUGUGCUUAUAAUAAUAAUUCUUGAAAUGUAAUAAAAAAAUAAUUCUCCAAUUACAAUAAAACAUUUAUUUUUGA